GUUAAGUGAAGACUGUUCAAAAAAGUCGGAGUUUGAGAAGGAAAACUGAACUUUCCAGAUAGCAAUAUGAGAUCCUAAGGACUACCAUCUAUGGAAUACUCAAGCAGUUUGUCAGUCUGCUAAUUGCUGAUGAGUAGCGCUUUACAGAACUCUUUGUAUUGCAGAAUUUUAAAUUUCUGAAUGUUUUAAAUGAGAAUAACCGAAUUCACUAGUUGUCACUGAAGUAUUGUUUAACUUAGCAGUCUUCACAUCUCAAUAUUGUAGAUUGCAGGACAUAUGUAAACUUGUAAAUUAUGCUGGGUCAAGCAAACAUCUGAUUUUGUGUGCCUUUUUCAGGAGAUACGAUUUCUUGGGGAGUUGAAACAUCCAAAUAUUGUACAAUAUUAUGGGUGUGAAAAAAUUGAGGAUCGUUUUUGCAUAUAUUUGGAGUAUGUUCACCCAGGGUCCAUUAACAAGUAUAUUAGCGAACAUUGUGGAGCUAUGACAGAAAGCAUAGUUCGCAAUUUCACUCGUCACAUUCUGUCAGGGUUGGCUUACUUGCACAGCAAACAGACAAUACACCGGGACAUCAAAGGAGCGAAUUUACUUGUUAAUGCUUCUGGUGUUGUCAAGCUUGCUGACUUUGGACUGGCAAAACAUCUCAAGGGAAAUGCUAUUGAUCUUUCAUUAAAGGGCACUCCACAUUGGAUGGCUCCAGAGGUAUCUUAGUCGGAGUUCUCUGCUUACCUACUAACUGGCCUUAAAUUCCUUAUAUUUG